AUGGGACACUGUUACUCAGGAUCAACUGGUUUCACUGGUCAAGCUGGUACUACUGGGGUACCAGGAUCACAGGGAAUUCCAGGACAACAAGGACCUCCAGGAAUUAACGGUUCACCUGGAGCAGCAGGAGCAAUAGGUGAUACUGGAAACAGUGGACAACCUGGUCCCCGAGGAGAGACUGGUUCUCCAGGAAACCCUGGAAACAAAGGAAUCUUGGGUUUAGUAGGUGACACAGGUGCAAGCGGUGCUGUUGGUUUACCUGGCAGUCCAGGUCAAGCUGGUUUGAAAGGAUUAUCUGGGACACCAGGUCAACCGGGAGGUCAAGGAUUUACUGGUUCAACUGGACAGACAGGUACCACUGGGGACCAGGGCAUUGUCGGUGAUACUGGAGAAACUGGAAAUCAAGGACUCCCUGGAGUUGCAGGUCAGCCAGGGUUGCAAGGUUUGAGAGGAAUGGCUGGACCUACAGGACCAACUGGUUUUUCCGGACAACGGGGAGAUCCGGGAUUUCAAGGAAGCAUUGGAUCUCCUGGUCUUCCUGGAGCUACAGGACCUAUGGGAAAUUCUGGUGUCGUUGGCCAACCUGGGUCAGGUGGUAAUCCUGGCCAACCAGGUUCACCUGGCUUGCCGGGACCUAUUGGAGCAGUCGGUGCCACUGGAUUAACUGGUGCUUCUGGAUCCAAUGGCCUACCGGGAACCCCUGGUGAAAUAGGAUUUACAGGAUCUUCAGGACUUCCAGGAUCACUAGGGUCAACAGGAGCAUCUGGGUUUACUGGCUCAUCUGGUCUUCCUGGUCCUGCUGGCAGCUUCGGUUCUACUGGUCGACAAGGAGAAAGAGGAAUUGUAGGUCAAAUUGGAUCCACCGGUACUCCCGGUGAUACAGGAGCUUCUGGAACUCCAGGUCAACCAGGAAGUAUUGGAUCGCCUGGAACACGUGGUGAGCCUGGAUUUACUGGUGCUGUAGGCCAACGAGGUAUGUCCGGUAUGAUAGGAACUCCUGGUGCUACUGGACUGCCAGGAUUAAAAGGGGAGACGGGAGCAUCCGGUUUGGCUGGAGAACCUGGAUCUAUUGGUCAGAGAGGUGGCACUGGUGCAUCCGGUCAGAAAGGAUAUCCUGGUUAUAAUGGGGAUCCUGGUAGUGUUGGAUCCACUGGAUCAAGUGGAUUCCAAGAAAUACAAACAAUCGUCAACUUCGCUCUGCCAUCGCUCUACGUUUUCAUCGGCAUAAAACAGCGAACAAUAUUGCUGGUCGUGCAUUCCGACAUGCUGCUCCUUACGUUUGGAAUUCGCUUCCGCGAAAGAUUAGGAACUGCAACUCUACACAGUCAUUCAAGUCCUAUUGGCUCUCCUGGACAGAUUGGUCCAGUUGGUCCUUCCGGUUAUCCCGGCAUACCUGGGCCAUCAGGACCCAGAGGUGAUCCUGGUUUAAGGGGAGCUCCCGGAAGUUAUGGCAAUCCUGGUUCAACUGGUGCAACCGGAUUAACUGGUCAAGAUGGUGGCACGGGAUUUACAGGUGCUAGUGGAUUACCUGGAUCCCUUGGUGCUCCUGGGCUAGUUGGAGACACUGGCUCUAGUGGCUUCAUUGGAUUGCCUGGAUCACCAGGCCAGAUGGGAAUACCUGGACAACCCGGGGAAAGAGGAAAUGCUGGAACAUCUGGAUCACCUGGAAUGAUUGGCAGCAUGGGUGUUCAAGGCUUGAGAGGCGAAGUCGGGUUUCCUGGUCAAGUAGGAUCUCCAGGGUUGCCUGGAGAUAGUGGAUCCUCUGGACCUUCUGGUUCAUCUGGUGCUGUUGGUCUGCCUGGGCAGCCAGGUGCAACAGGUCUUCAGGGGUCUACUGGAAACCCGGGUCAACCUGGAGAUUUAGGUUUGAGUGGUGCACCUGGAGUGUCAGGACAACAAGGAUCUGUUGGAUUUACCGGUGAUACUGGUCCGAAUGGUGCUGCUGGGAAUGUGGGAAGCAUUGGUGAACCAGGGCAAAAGGGAUUAGUUGGGGACACUGGGAAUCUAGGAGCUACCGGACAACCAGGAUUAAGAGGACCAGAUGGAGCAAAUGGACUUACUGGUCAAAGUGGAGCCCAAGGAGAUACAGGAUCAAGUGGAUCUAAGGGUUUAACUGGUUCCCAAGGUCAGUCCGGAGCAAAAGGUGAUCCUGGACAGCAAGGCCAACCUGGCCUCGUCGGUUUUCCUGGAUCACCUGGUGUUCAAGGGUUUGUUGGAUAUACUGGAAACACUGGAGGAACAGGUUUCCCUGGAAAUGUUGGUUUUACCGGAGGCACAGGUAGCACAGGAAUUACCGGGCAACCUGGUUUUCAGGGUCCUCGAGGAGAUAAAGGUUUAACGGGAUCAAUAGGAUUACCAGGACAAGAUGGUCCAACUGGUGCCAGCGGAGCCACAGGAUUGUUAGGUUUUCAAGGUCUUCAGGGUUCUACAGGAUUAUCUGGUGUAUCUGGAGAUCCAGGAAAUACAGGAUCUUCUGGAAACUUCGGACUAAUAGGGCCACCAGGAUAUCCUGGUAAUCCUGGUUUGGUUGGUGAUACUGGUUUGAAUGGGUCACCAGGAUCAAAAGGACAAGCCGGUAUGAAAGGAUUGCCAGGUGAUCCUGGUGUACCAGGAAGUGUAGGUCAACAGGGAAUUUCUGGACCUCCUGGUCAACAAGGAAUGAUUGGUUUGCAAGGGUCAACUGGUCUCCCGGGACCAAAAGGUCCAACCGGUUUACCUGGACCAGUUGGUUCUAUUGGACUUCAAGGACCCGUUGGGCAAACAGGAUCUUCAGGAAAUCCUGGUUCUCCUGGAUUACCAGGAAAUACCGGCCAACCGGGAUUUAGCGGCGAUCCUGGUCAGCCAGGUUUACAAGGGCUUCUUGGGUCUAUUGGUCAAGCAGGACCUAGGGGUGCAACCGGUGUUCCUGGAAACACUGGACAGCCCGGUCCAGUAGGUGAGGCCGGUUCUCCAGGACAGAAUGGUGCUUUUGGUUCAAAAGGUAGACCUGGUUCACCUGGAUUACCUGGGAUUGAUGGCUCUUCAGGACUGAAGGGAUUUCCUGGGAUGAUUGGACCUGUUGGACCGACAGGUUCAAAUGGGAUUCAAGGUCCCAGAGGAGAUAUUGGGGCACAAGGUCUAGCAGGAGCAACUGGUUUGCCUGGAAAUAUUGGUCAGAAAGGUUUUAUUGGAUUACCAGGGUUAAAGGGUGACCCAGGUCAGUCAGGCCAACCCGGUUUACCUGGACCAGUAGGUCCUGCCGGCCAAAAAGGAGAUACAGGUACAUCGGGUCCAAUAGGUCAAAAUGGACUUAGAGGUGGCAUUGGUGACACAGGGGCUAGCGGGGACAUAGGUUUCUCCGGUGAUCCCGGAUCUAUCGGCAAUCAAGGUCCAUCUGGUCUACCUGGUAAUCAAGGAAGUCGAGGAGACACUGGUACUACUGGCUCAUCUGGUCAGUCUGGAGCUAGUGGUGCAACUGGUGCCAGUGGGGAUACAGGUGCAACUGGUAACACGGGUGUUCCAGGAACAUUGGGCGAUUCAGGAGUGCAAGGUCAAUCUGGGCAGCCAGGAAUAAAUGGAUCUCCAGGGUCGCCUGGUCAGCCAGGUUUUUCAGGUAGCAGUGGACGUCAAGGAGAUAGAGGAGAUUAUGGCCCAAUUGGCGACACUGGCUUGCCAGGAAACACUGGUGCCACUGGAGCUUCUGGUUUGGCGGGACAACGAGGUUCCAGUGGACAGCAAGGAGUUUUUGGAAAUCCUGGUCAAAGAGGUGCUACUGGUUCUACUGGAGUUUCAGGCCAGCCCGGCCAGCCUGGUUUCAUCGGAGAUCCAGGACCGAUCGGUUCGGCUGGCGCUACUGGAAAUUCAGGUCAACAAGGUCAGCCAGGGUCACAAGGCCAACCAGGUUACCCUGGUUAUAAAGGACUUAAAGGUGAUGCGGGAUCCACAGGCUCCCCUGGUGUCAAUGGACAAAUUGGAUCCACUGGCCAGACUGGUUUGCCAGGUAGCCCAGGUGACAUUGGACCACAAGGUUCAGUGGGUAGUACAGGUAGUACAGGUUCCACUGGAAUUCAGGGCAUGCCAGGGCGUUUCGGUAAUACUGGUCCGUCCGGUCAAAUUGGAAACACAGGGUUUCCUGGAGCUCAAGGACCUGAUGGUGUCAGAGGUGAUAGAGGAGAUUCAGGAUUACCAGGAUUGGUGGGACCUCAAGGUGUUAAAGGUUCAAAAGGAUAUCCAGGACCUGUAGGUUCGCCAGGACCAAAUGGUCAGCCAGGUCAAGUAGGUAAUACUGGAGAACAAGGUUUACAAGGUACUCUUGGUCAACCUGGUGCCACAGGACCAAGGGGUCUACAGGGAGAUAUUGGUCAAAUUGGUCCACCUGGUGGAAGAGGUGUUCCAGGAAAUCCUGGUUCGAUGGGUCUUACAGGACAACUCGGAACUCCAGGACCAAUGGGAUUAUCUGGAACUGCUGGGUCUCCAGGAUUGAUCGGGCUACCGGGGGUUCAAGGUGCUACUGGUCAAGCUGGACUGCGAGGAUCAACAGGAUCAGUUGGUUUAAAUGGAAUUAAUGGGUUACAAGGUGCUACCGGUAGUCCAGGGCCACCUGGCCAGAAAGGUGAAAAUGGAAGUCCUGGAAGCUCUGGAAAUCCCGGAAAUCCUGGGUUUAAAGGUGCAGUUGGUGCUCAAGGUCAACCAGGUUUGCCUGGCUCAAAUGGUAAUAUAGGAGUUCCAGGUAAUCAAGGUGGUACUGGUCCUACUGGAACUCAAGGUAGUACAGGAUCGACUGGAUUAUCUGGUCCGCAAGGUGCUACCGGCCAAACAGGUUUAAUGGGAAAUAAAGGAAGUGCAGGGGCUACUGGAUCGACUGGAGACACAGGAACCAUUGGCCAAAAAGGACCUUCAGGAGAUAAUGGUGUUCAGGGUCUUUUGGGACUUCCAGGACAACGAGGAGAUACUGGUUCAUCUGGUUCACGAGGUGACUCCGGACCUCAGGGUCGUCAAGGGGAAAGAGGUGAUACUGGAUCUCCUGGUAUUCAAGGUCCGAACGGCAACCGAGGUCAACCAGGAACUAAUGGUGCUCCGGGGACUCCAGGAGUACAAGGACUUCCUGGGAGUAAAGGUCAGGAUGGUAGUGUAGGAAACACAGGCUCUGAUGGUUUUAAAGGCUCUCUUGGAGAUCCCGGAGUUAGAGGUCUCCCCGGGUUACCAGGUGCUAAUGGCUUUACAGGGUUCCAAGGUGACACUGGUCCAAAUGGUGCACAAGGACAAGCAGGUCCUCGUGGAUCGCCUGGUUUCGUGGGUUUGCAAGGUGACCCUGGUAUUCGUGGUUUGCCUGGAUUUCCUGGUUUGCCUGGAUUUCCUGGUAGAAACGGAAUUGAUGGUAUUCUUGGUGUUAUAGGUCCACAAGGAGCUAAGGGACUGAUUGGGUUAAUAGGAGAACAAGGUAAACAGGGUGAUCCAGGUAGACAAGGAGAGCCGGGUUUACAAGGACCAACAGGGUUAAAAGGUGGACCAGGGCCAGUUGGACAAAGUGGCGCUCCCGGUUAUCCAGGACAGCCAGGUAUAAGAGGAUUUCCAGGUAAUACUGGUGAUACUGGGGCUCCAGGAAAUGCAGGAGAUCCUGGAGUUGCUGGUGAUGCUGGUUUGCCAGGGGCGUUAGGAAACCCUGGAUAUCAAGGAAAUCCAGGACUUCCAGGACUUUCUGGUUCAAGAGGACAAUCAGGUUCAAGAGGAUUACCAGGGGCGACUGGUAAUACUGGAUAUGCUGGUUCUCCUGGGUUGAAAGGUUUGCCAGGUAAUGCCGGACCAUCAGGAUCUGUCGGAUUUACUGGGCUCCCAGGCUUUCCAGGUAAUACUGGUGAUCCGGGGUUUAUUGGAAUUCAAGGGACACGUGGUCCGACAGGACCAAAAGGAUUUUCAGGUCAGCCUGGUGUUCAAGGUGCCACUGGAAACACAGGUGAAAAAGGUCUAAUUGGUUUCGAUGGUUUGGUUGGUUCACCAGGUCCUAGGGGUUCAACUGGAGUGAAUGGAGAUCAAGGUCCAAGAGGAGAGCCAGGCCAAAUUGGUUCUCCUGGACAAAUUGGAUUUCCAGGUGAUCCCGGUCCUCCAGGUAGAAUUGGAGAGCCUGGAGAUAAAGGGCCAAAAGGAUUUCAAGGUAUCCCAGGAUUUCAAGGAUCACCGGGUAAUACAGGCACUGUCGGUGAUACCGGAGAUACAGGACCGACCGGAUUACCAGGCAAUGCUGGACAAAUGGGUCUUCCCGGUUUUCUUGGUUUUCCAGGAGAAAUAGGAUUUACCGGCUUACCUGGUGAUGCUGGACUUCCAGGGUACAAGGGUCCUGUUGGGUAUCCAGGUCUGCCAGGGCUUGACGGAUCUACUGGAAGUUCAGGUGAAAUUGGUUUUCCAGGUCCAUCAGGUCCCAUGGGAAUAUCAGGGCCUUCAGGAAAUACAGGACCUCAAGGAAUAGUAGGCGUAGAUGGUUUUCCUGGUGAACAGGGAGAUCAAGGAGUUCCUGGGGUAAAAGGUUCAACAGGUGAUAAAGGGGCUGUUGGGUCACCAGGUCCAGUUGGUCCACAGGGUGCUCCAGGAUUUACAGGAAACACUGGUUCGAAAGGUGACACGGGAUAUCAAGGAUCAGCUGGUGUUAUAGGACCAGCUGGGCCUCCCGGAGAUGUUGGAAUGCAAGGAAUAGAAGGUCCUAAAGGAUUAGAUGGUUUGCCAGGCAAUCCAGGUGCACCUGGUUUUCCAGGUUCUUCUGGAUCAUUGGGACCUUUGGGAAAUACAGGCGGAAAGGGGUCAACGGGUUUUGUUGGAGAUCAAGGAUUAAUUGGUAGUACAGGGCCUACAGGAACUGUCGGUGCAACUGGAUUUAAAGGACAACAAGGUGCGCCUGGUCAAAGAGGUGAUCCUGGGAGUCGGGGUGCGGUUGGACCUACUGGAUUUAUAGGUGCUACUGGAUCAGCUGGACAGAAGGGCUAUCCAGGUGUCAACGGGCCACCAGGAGAUACAGGAGUACAAGGAGGAACAGGUUUAGUUGGUUCACCUGGUUUACAAGGUUCUCCUGGCCCUCAAGGCUUGCAGGGUCGUCCAGGUCUUAGAGGUGAACUGGGAGUUCCAGGAAAUACAGGUGCAAAUGGAGAUGAUGGUGCUCCGGGUCAGCCUGGGCUAGCAGGACCAUAUGGUGAUACCGGAUCGACUGGUGAAACAGGGUUACCUGGAAAUAUUGGAUCUUUUGGCAAUCCUGGUCCACCCGGACUUCCUGGACCCGCAGGGCUACCAGGAAACAAUGGUUCUUUGGGUCAACCAGGCCUUCCAGGCGUUAGAGGGGAUCCAGGAUUACCUGGUGAUACAGGUCCUAUUGGUGCAAAAGGUUUUCAAGGUUUCCAAGGACAACAAGGGUUACAAGGUUCAAAUAUUUAUUUUCAACAUAUUGCUAAAUUUUUGUUAUUCUAUGCUGAGUAUUAUUUUCUUGUCAAUUUCUCCGAGUGCUCUACAUUCAACAAUUUUAUAGUUUAA